GUUUUGCUAACACAACUUAAUUUUAAAACGAUCUCCGCCAUGUAAAAUCAAAAUUCGAAAAAUUCAAUUCAAUUCAAUGGAAGGCCCUUUAUGACGAUGAUUUUGUUGCUGCCAUUUCACUUCUCAGACGCUUUCUCUUCUUCUUCUUCUUCUUCAAAUUCCUUCUGAGAAUAAUCCCAAUGGGGGAAGAAUUGCGUAAACGUAACACUGAUUGCGUCUAUUUCUUGGCUUCACCUCUCACCUGCAAGAAGGGUUUUGAUUGUGAGUAUCGGCACAGUGAGAUUGCUAGACUGAACCCUAGAGAAUGUUACUACUGGCUGGCGGGCAACUGCUUAAAUGCAGCCUGUGGAUUUCGGCACCCGCCAAUGGAUGGUCCUGCUGGAAAAGUAUUAGAAUCUUCUCAAUGUUCUGUACCUGUGAACAAGACAAAUAUUCCCUGCUAUUUUUAUUUCAAUGGCUACUGCAGUAAAGGUGAUACGUGCUCUUUUUUGCAUGGCAAUGAUAUUACUUUUGCUGCAAGGUCUACAAAGACAGGAUUUCCUAGUGCAAACACAUCUUCCUUUGAAGAUAAAACAGCUUCAGCAAACAAAAAAGGACUAGCCUCUACAGAUGCAGAUGCAUUUUGUCCUCCAUCCAAAAAUGUAGGCGGUCCAACAAUUAAUGUGACAUUGCAAUGCGAAAGUCUCCAUCAACCUUCUGCUGAAAAUGUCUCACAUCAAAGUCAAAGUGCCUCAACAAAGAUCUCAUUGCCUGAGUGUGAAAAAGUGGCUGUUGAUGAGCCUGUUUCCUCACCUCCACCUGAAGAAUCUAAUGAUAGUAGACCAGCUGUACAUGUUGCUGCAGAUCAAAGUUAUGAGGAGCUAAUGACGGACAGUACUGAGGAAGAAAACCUCUGGGAGUCAUCCCCUGGCUUUGAUGUUGUUGUAGGCGAUGGAUCAGAAAAUUUGGAUAGUGACAAUGAUCCAGAGUACGUCCUUUCAACUAAUCAGGAGCGAAGAGAACUGGAUACCGAAUUAUGCAGGGACAGCUUUGAAGACCCUAUUGCAUAUGAGCCCAUGCAUUCUGAUUUAGAACUUCUUUAUGAGCGUGAGAUGCAUUCAUAUGAUGAUUUAGAGAGUGAACCUGUCCUUUACAAAGACAGAAACAUAAUCAGCUGCUCGAGAGGGAAAUUGAUAGAGUCCAUGUUUUCUCGAAAGAGAAAGCUCGCACUCAUGGAUCUGGAUUCAGAAGAAUGGAAUUGUGCUGAUCGUCGAAGUCAUCUGCUGAGAGACAAUGUUCCUGGUAAUCGUUCAAUUAUUGGUUUAUCAAGGAGAAGAAACGAUUUGUCUUUUCGAAUUAGUAGAAACUUUCCGAAACCUUGGAUGCAUGGUUUAUAUCCACCCCCUGGAAGAAGACUGGCGUUACAGGUCAGGAAGAUUUCUAGAGGAACAUUUUCAGAAAGUUUAACUUUUUCAAACAGUUGUACUCGAUAUGAAUCUUUAAGGCACUCAAGACAAUACACGCCCUGCAGGCAUUACGACGGAUACAGACUGGCCAGACGACAACAACCAUUUCUCAACAUGUCAAGAAAACCCUACUUAAGGGAACCUGUUAUAAGGGAUCAUAGAUACAAUCCGAAGGCUGUUUCAUUUAAAGGACCAAAGACCCUUUCUCAGAUCAAAGAAGAGAAGAGAAAAGUACAAGAAAAUGGAGGAUUCUCCAGGGAAAAAUGUCGUUCGGUCGGAUUUGCAUCAUCCUCAGCUGACUUCAGAGGGCCAAAACCUUUGAGUGAUAUCCUGAAAGACAAAAGGAAGGUGGAGCUCAUGAAGGAAAUCAAAACUUAGGUAAUAAACUGGCAUAAUGGUAGUAGUUAAUUUUUGCAAAUCUAUCAUAUGCUAACUGUGAAUUGUCAAAAAAGAAAUUAGAUACUGUCACUGGUUGCUGGUAGUGUAGGGGCCAGAAAUCAUAUCUUGUUUUAGUUAGUGGUAGCUGAACCAGAAGCUUAACUUGAUAGGGUCUCCCUCAUGUGUUGUGGACCCUCAAUGACUUCGUCAUUCUUUAUCAGGUCUUCAAUCAGUAUGAGUAUAUGCAUCCGAUCCUUAAAACUUCCAUAUUGAGUUCACUAGCAAAUCGAUUUAAACAAUUUGCUGAUAGUACUUUUAGAUUGUAGUACAUAGUCAAGUAAUGUAAUAUGGUUUGUCUAUAUAUAUAAUCUGAAGCCUAUAUACUUGAUUAGAAUUUUAAUACCAUGAUUUAAUAUACUAUGUUGGUGGUUUGGCUA